UCAUCCCGACUUCUCUCACCGAUUUCUCUCGUCUUUCGUCACCUGUAACCUACUUAAGUAAAGAUAGAACAAAAGACUGCAAGAAGAGAAAGAACCAGUUGCAGAGUGGACCUUGCACCAUGUCAGUUUCAAGAGCACCAUCUGAAAUUCAUCACAACUGGAACAGCUGGGGCAAGAAAGAGCAGCAUUUCCUGCAGACCAAUGUAUUUCAGGCUCAUGGUCAGUACAGUGUUCACUACCGCAAUGCUCUGCAUGCAUUUUACACCAUUGCACGCAAGGAUGGUAUAACAUCCCUUCAGAGGGGUCUGGUUCCUGCCCUGUUUUAUCAGUUUACCAUGAACGGCAUUCGCCUGGGCACCUUCCAAGUCUUGGUCAACAUAGGUUUUACCAAAAACAAGAAAGGAGAAGUCAGCAUUCCUCGCAGCAUUGUGGCAGGUGCACUUGCAGGCUGUGUUGGUGCUGCUGUUGGUAGUCCUUUCUACAUGGUGAAGACCCAUCUGCAAGCACAAGCCAAUGAAACAAUAGCUGUCGGCCACCAACAUCCACAUAAGAGUAUGUCACAUGGGCUUUAUGCCAUCUACUCCAAACAUGGCAUCACAGGUCUUUGGAAGGGUGUGAGUGGAGCGAUACCCCGGGUUACAAUUGGCUCAGCUGCCCAGCUCUCCUCCUUUUCCACAAUUAAAGAAGAAAUCGUAAAAACUAAAAUGUUUCCUGAGAAGAGCUGGCUGAAUGCACUGGUGGCAAGUAUGAUGAGUGGUCUGCUAGUUACCUUCUUUAUGACUCCAUUUGAUGUGGUCUCCACACGGCUGUACAACCAAGCACUUGAUGCACAAGGCCGUGGCCUCUUUUAUUCUGGUGUUUUGGACUGCUUUUUCAAGACAUUGCGUGCAGAAAGUUUGUUUGGUCUGUAUAAAGGGUUUGGAGCUUGCUAUUUCCGUUUAGGUCCUCACACCACGUUGAGCCUUGUCUUCUGGGAUGAGUUGCGAAAACUUUAUAGCAGCGUUGUGUCCACAGCAUCUAACAAACAAACCGAGUGAAAUCCUGAUGUUUUGAAUCUGUUUCUUUCUAAAGUGAUUGAUUGCCUACCUCUGGCUGUUGCAUGUGCGUAAACAGUGAUGUAUUUAAUGGAGGCUUUCAUUUUUCUCUCUUGCUUUGUUUCUUUUUCUUCUCAUUAUUAUUCUUUAUUUAGAUAUUAUUAUUUUUGCACCUUCAUGUAAUAUUUUUGGUUUUCAAAUUUUUUCAUGUGCCUCAAAAUGAAUUUUACUACACUUAUCAUGUAAAUAUUAGACCAUUAUGGGCUUUUUUCCCUUCAAUAAUGGUUACAGAUAAAGAGACAAGAAAACUACCGAGCAUGUGCUGUUGAAAAUGCACUAACCUGUAUUAUGGGUUUCUUUUUGAUGUGUUAUCUCAAUCAGGCUACUUUUUCUAGUCGGGUCAAUAUGUAUAGUUAGCACAUUCCUAAUAGUGUGUGUGUUUCUCUUGUUUAGUAUUUCAGAAUCUUUUUUUUGACAUGUGAAUAGACCUCCAUGUUGCUUUGUUGCAUUCCAUAGUUAUCAUGAAAGAUCAUGCAAGAGCUUUAACAGUUUUGAAAAGCACAAGCACGAUGCAUUUAUAUAAUGAGCUUUUGAGUAGAUACUUAUAUUUCAGUGAGAUAUUUAAAGACAUACUAUUUAGAAGCCAUUCAAAAGUAAACAGAUUCUUGUGCUUUAUUUUUAUAUUUAAAAUUUCUUUUGAGAAUGUAUUCUUUAUCAGUUCAUUUGAUUAAUUUAUUCAUCAUUGCUUGGAAACUUAAAAAAGCCAAUCAAGACAUAAUAGCUAACUUCUUUAGAGUCUCUGUAGGUUAUCAAUAUUAACUAUACAGGCAACUUGUUAACUUUCAUGAACGUGUCAUUAGUAAUUUAGUGUACAACAUUUUUUGGCCAUGGAAAAAAAACAACUCAUGGUUAAUCUGUCUUACCUGCUUAUCUACUUUUCUUAUCAUCAAAUGUCACUUGUUGAAAACAACUGUUAAAACUCAGCUCCUAAAGUAAAACAUUAUGAUUUAUCUCUCCUCAAAAAAUGGCAUAUUGUAUGACUUAAAAAAUAUAUAAUUAGAAAAUUUAUCAUUGAAAGCAUAUUUUUCAACAAUCAUUACAGCACAAAAAGCCUAAAAUCUUAUAUUCAUUCGAACUUUAAAUUACAUUUUUAAAUAAAUGUUGCACUGUCAAGAAGAAAAUAUCCAGCAGUUUCAUGAACCAAGUGCAUUUUUAAACAUUAGUUUGACUUUGUCAGCACCAUUUCAUUCACUCGUUUGCAUUUUUUCUGUGUGUGUGCAAGCGCACAUGUGAGUUUCUCUCUCUCACACACACACACAUCUUUGCUUACACUUGCAAGAGAUGAGAGAAUGAUAGAGUCAAUAAGCUAGUAAUACGUAUCAGAAAGUAAAUUAUCAUCAAGUGUUUAAGGGACAUCGUGUGUGGUUUUUUUAAAAUGUUUCUUCUUGGUUGUGUGAUGUCCCACACUUAAAUUUUUCAGAUUAUUUUGCCUGGAUCAGGAUGGCCAGUGCUUUGUGUAUUUCUUGCUAUGUACCUGUCAUUUUGUCACAUGUUCUGUCUGCUUAUUUUUAUUUUUUAAUUUCAAUGAUGGGCAAAAUGGACAUAAGAUAUAGUUUACUAGCUGCUCAACGCUGAAUCUACUUAGAAGGCAGGGUAUGAGGAAGACCCACAAACAAAAGUUGUACACGUGUUUGUUGAAGCCCUAAAUGUAAAAUAUUAUAUACAGAACAUUGUAUAAUUUUAGUAAAAUGAAAGUCAUGCAGAAAAGCAAAGUUAGAUUAUAAUUGUAAUCUCAUUUUGAACACAUCUGAGAUGUAUUCCAGUAAUUU